CAAAAGUGAGUAGAAAAUCUAAAAGCAGAGCAACUUGACUCUGAAAAUUCUCUUCCUCACUCUCCAUCUCUGUCAGUAAAUGGAUUCACCAUUAACCUUCAAUUCUUCCAAUUCAGAAUUCUCCUCUGAAUCCUCAUCUUUUGAAACCAAUUACCUUCCUUUCAACGAGAAUGACCCGGAGGAGAUGCUUCUGUAUGGCAUGAUCGCCGACGGCGCAAACAGCCUCCACCACCACCACCACCACCAGAUGUUUGAUGGUAGGGCUAUGUCAAUUAAAGAAGAGGAGGUGAGUUCGGAGGAGAAUGGCUGCGGCAGUAGCCCGAGGAAGGAGAAGUCGUACCGAGGUGUAAGGAGGCGGCCGUGGGGGAAGUUUGCAGCUGAGAUAAGGGACUCAACUAGGAAUGGCGUGAGGGUGUGGCUGGGGACGUUUGAUAGCGCGGAAGCCGCCGCGUUGGCUUAUGAUCAAGCUGCUUUUGCCAUGAGGGGUUCUUCGGCUAUACUCAAUUUUCCAGUUGAUGUUGUGAGGGAAUCGCUUAGUGAGAUGAAUUGUGGUGAUUAUGGCUCUGAAGAAGGGGGUUCCCCUGUUGUUGCUCUGAAGAGGAAGCACUCUCUGAGGAGGAAAAUUGGUGUUAAGAAGAGCAAGGAGAGUGAUGGUAGGAGGAGUGGGAUGGAGAUGAACAAUGCUGUUGUGUUUGAGGAUCUUGGUUCUGAUUACUUGGAACAAUUAUUGAUGUCCUCUGAUCAAGUUCCUUGUAAUUGGUGAAUCGGUUACUUGAAGCACACAUAAUGCCGACUCUUUUACCGUCUUUGAAUCAGCUUCUUUUUUUAUCAGAAUUUAUUCUGAAACACAGAAGCUUCUCUCAAAAAUUGAUUCUGGCUUCGAAAUCAACUAUAGAAGAGUUUUCAAACCUGCAUUAUAUACUUUAGUGUCAAUUCUCAUUUUGUCUCUUCUAUUUUUCUUUGGUUCCUUUAAUUUGUUCUUGUAUUUUUUUUUCUUCUUUCCUCUCUUUCUUAGGGUAAAGGAAGGCCUUUGUUUUAAACUGAAUGAUCCAAAUUGAAGAUCAUUUGAGUA